AUGUCGUUGCCUCUCAAGUUCGGCUACACGGAAACGCAACGCCAGAUCUGGCGCACCACCCCGCUCGUCCUGCGCGAGGCCGAUGCCCACCUCCCUGAGGCCACACGCGUCGCCACCAUCGCCGGGGCCCUCGCCGGCCACCCAGGGCCCUUUCACACCGUCAGCCUCUUAGGCUGCAGGUCCGCCUUCCUGGAUCUCGAGCUCCCCAAGUGGCCGCGCCUCCUCGCCACCAAGUUCACCAAGAACCUCUCCUUCCUGAACAACCAAACCCAGCCCCGGACCACCUUGUCGUCCCUCCCUGCCGACAUACUCCGUUGCGGCUCGCUCCAGUCCCUCUUCCUGGCCUACUGGAAGAUCCCCGACGACCUUCCGCUCGCCGCCGACGCCUUUCCCAAUCUCCGGAGGCUCGGCUUGGUAAGGAUCGACAUGAGCGACCAGUACAUCCACCGCUUGCUCGCUGCUAGCCCCGUUCUGGAGAACCUUGGGCUCGUGCUCAAGGGGAAGCCCGAGCGUGUCCAUGUCUGCAGCCAAAGCCUCCGGUGCUUGCUCCUUGGGUUGUCCAAGGUGGAGGAGUUCACCGUGGUGGACGCCCCGCUCUUGGAGCGCAUCAUCUUCUUCAGGCCGCCUUAUGGUGGAACCGAUUGCGUGAGAUUCAAGAUUGCUUCGGCACCCAAGCUGCGGGUGAUCGGCUACCUGCAGACAAGAAUUCACAAGCUGCAGAUCAGUGACAACAUCAUCAAUCCCUGCAAGAUUGCAGAUGUAACUGCAUUCAAGUGA